UCCCUUCCUGUAUAGGAGCCCGGAGAUGGAAGGGGGGAAGGGAAAAGGGAAGAGCCACCCUGCUGCACAACCCUGGAAUUCCCCUAUCUAAGUCCCGGCUGGCUGGCUCCUGUUGCAACAGAGGCACUUAGGGCUGCCCCAGCCUGCCUUUUCUUUCCUGCUCAAAUGGGAUCUGCAAAGGAGAGAAAAGGAAGAAAAGUCUCCAGUGCAGAAGAGCUCUGUAACUGAGUUCAUCACUAAACACCCAACAUCUUCAGGGAUUUUCCAGAUUGUGCACUAUGGCAAAAGCAGUGUUAAUUGAUCUGUGGCACCUCGGAGCCAACUCUUGGAAUAACCAGAUUCAGAACUUAAUAAUUAGAGCAUUAGAAACUGUUGGGGAGGAGGAAAUUCCUUCGCAGGCUCCAUUUGUUUGCCUUAUGUGUUGCCAAGCCUUAAAAAGUAAAAAGAAUGGUGAAGAUGCGCUCCAAAAAACAAUGCAGAGUUUUCACUGCCCAAAGGGAAGAUUUGAGAUUGUGUGUUCUGAAAAUACGGUCGCCACUUUGUACGCCAUUAAACAGAAGCUCGAUGAAAAAGAUAUAAAUGUAAUUAAAAUAAUCUUGCCCUCACAAAGAAAGCCACUAAUGAAAGAGUAUACCAGUCAGCUUUUUACUAGCAUUUACCAGAUUGAGUAUGAAGAUUUAGAGGUGACUUGUGAAGAAAAUAAUAGCCCAAAAUCAGCACCACAGAGUGAAUUAAUGUCACUCUCAGGCCAAGAUGCAGAAAAGAUCCAAAGUGAGAUAAAGAUGUUUUUUGAAAAUCUACCUCCUCUGAAAGGGAAACUCACCCUUCUCAAAUCUUCGUUGAUUCCAGAUCAUAUCUUCCUCCAUGGAUUCACUACAAGGACAGGUGGCAUUUCCUAUAUACCAACCCUGAGCUCCUUCAACCUCUUCUGCAGCUCCAAGCGACGUGACCCACCUGCAGUGGUUAAGGAAAACCUUCGUAGGUUAGCCGUCACUGCUGGAUUCAACCAAGAUACAUAUCACAGUGUAAAGGUCAACCAUGCCAGUGAUGUUUGGGUGAUGGGAAAGGCCAAACCAGAGAGCUAUGAUGGAAUAGUAACUAACCAGAAAGGGGUAACAAUUGCUGCUCCUGGAGCAGAUUGUAUCCCUGUUCUUUUUGCUGAUCCAGUUCAGAAAGCAUGUGGUGCUGCUCAUUCAGGUUGGCAAGGUACUUUGCAAGGCGUUUCUAUGGCUGUUGUUAAUGCUAUGAUAACAGAAUAUGGCUGUAACGUGAAAGACAUCCUUGUGGUCUUGGGGCCAUCUGUUGGGCCUUGUUGCUUUAAACUACCACAGGGAUCAGCCCAAAAAUUUCACAUGAUUGAUCCAAAAUGUGUAAGACUUUAUGAAUCUUCACAUCCUUACGUUGAUAUCCGAAGAGCUACACGUGUUCUUCUGGAAGCUGGAGGAGUUCUUCCUCAGAACAUUCAAGAUGAUUCUGUGAUGGACCCAAACCAAAAUAUCACUCUCUGUACAUCAUGUUGCCCCAAUCAGUUCUAUUCUCAUGUCCGUGAUGGUGAGAACUUUGGGACACAGGUUGGAUAUAUAUCAAUUAAAGGCUGAGAGACCAUCACAAGAAGGAUUAAUGUGGCAGAAACUGUCGGUGAAGUAAUGAUGACGUUGCCUUAUCUUGGGUUCUUCCAUUGUUCCAGUUUUCAGCUGGAGCCCUUCUGCCAUAUCUUGUGACCAGCAAUUGUCCUGGGAAGGGGGAAAAUAUUCUCCCAUCACACACACCUUGGGAGAUUUUAGUGGCCUUUCUACAUGUUCAUGUGGCAGUACAUCUUUGGAAACUGACAUUUAGUUGAUUCUCAAAAUCCUGCCUCAGGUGGAGAACCGUUACAAAGAUGGCUGUACUACAGAUUGUUUUCUCGACCUCCACCCACCUCAACCUGCCCAUGAGCUACAUUGCCAUUUCAGAUGAAGCCGAAACUCCAAGUCUUACCUUAAAAUAUCCAGCAUUUUCCUUAUCUGGGCACACACACAGGUAAUUGAAGACACUGUUGCAGUGGUUCUAAUUGUACCUCUCAGGCAGGUUCCAGGUGGUGGUGCUUGGGGAUAGCUACUCCCCCAAAAAGGAGCUGUUAUGUGGCAUCUGAUUCUAUCCCCAAUGUGUUUUAACAUUUACAAUAAAUCACUGGGAGAGAUCAUCCGUAGGCAUGGGGCGGGGUGCUAUCAGUACGCAGAUGACACCCAAAUCUAUUUCUCCGUGCCUUCAAAACAGCUUUAGCUGAGGAUAGUGUGUCUCCUCUGAAUGAAUGCCUGGAGGAGGAAAAACAAAUUGAAACUGAAUCCAGAUAAGACAGGUUAGGAAACUUCCCAUCGGGAGUUCUAACCUGGGGAUGGAGGUGUGUAAAACAGUUCUGGACGAAGUUACACUCCCCCUGAAAGACUGUCCACAGCUUGGGAAUGCUCCUGAAUCUGUCUCUCCAAAUGGCAGCCCAGAUAGUUGUGAAGGGCAUAAGUGCUUAUUACCAACUUCGGCUGAUACGCCAGCUGCACCCAUCCCUACAACUGGAGGACCUAAAGAUGGUAGUGCAUGUGCUGGCAAUCUCAAGGUUGAACUAUACAAUUGGUCUACCUCUGUACCAAGUCCAGGAACUCCAGUUAGUUCAAAACACAGCAACCAGAUUGGUUGCAGGACCAUCUAGAAGUGAGCAUAUUAUAGCUAUACUAAAAGCACUCCACUGGUUGCCAGUUUCUGGACAAAGUAUAAAGUUUUGGUUAUGACCAUUAAACCCUAUAUAUUUUGGGUCCAGGUUACCUACAGGAUCGCCUUCUCCUGCACAAUCCACUUUUAGGACACAGGUCCUCCGGGGAGCUGCUGCUCCAACCAGCCAGAACCCGACUGGCGAUUGUCACCUAGAGGACAAAACUGAAGACCUAUCUCUUCCACUUUCCUACCCAGUCAAUUCUGUUAAUUUUAAUCUGCAUUUCAUCAGCAGAUUUGAAGUGGUAUUUUAACUCUGUGUAUCGUAAUCUUCCGGACCCAAUUCAAGGUGCAGGUGAUCACCUACAAAGACCUAAUCGGUUCAAGACCUGCCUAUCUUCGAGAUCGCAUCUUCCCCUAUGAACCAGCAUGCACUUUAAGAUCAUCUGGAGAGGCUCUGCCCUUGCUUCCACUGCCAUCUCAAGUACGGCUGGUGGGAAGGGGAGAGAAGGCCUUUUCGAUGGUGGCCCCCCGGCUCUGGAACUCACUACCCAAAGAGGUUAGAUUGGCACCUACCCUCUCCACUUUUUGUAAGCAGUUAAAAACUUGGUUGUUCCGUUGUGCAUUUGAUUAGGCAGUUCGCUAGAUAAUUGGAUUGACCUAGCCAUAGCCCUUUGCACUUUUGUUGGCCUUCCCACCUGUAAUCCUAUACUGUAAAUCCCUAAAGCUGUGUCCCUCCUAGCUGUGACUCGAACUGAAUUGAAUCGUAUUUUGCACAUUCCCUGGGCUCUAUCUAGGAACAGCUGUACAUUCCUGAUCCCUCCGUACUCAGCACCUAAUCUUCAGCCAUUAUACUGUUUUUAAAACGUGUACUUGUGAUUGUAUUUGUUUUUAUGAUGGUGUUGUGAUUUUGAUUUAUUUUCAUUUUAUUUUAUUGUGUAUGUUUUACUCUGUAUUUCAGGCUUGUCCCCUUAUAAGCCACCCCGAGUCCUUUCGGGGAGAUGGUGGUGGGGUAUAAAAAUAAAAUUAUUAUUAUUAUCAUCAUCAUCA